AUGAAGUUCCUCACCCCUCUUGCGCUAGGCGCAACGGCAACGGCCAUGGUCUUGGUCAAUCCCGAGCAGCAACCACUAGCGCCUUCAAUUGUCCAAAUCACCCAGGAAAAGUCUCUAAUCGAAUUGGCUCCAUACCGCACUCGCUGGGUAACGGACGAAGAGAAAUGGUCGCUCAAACUGGACGGUGUGAACUUCAUCGAUGUCACUGAGGAACAUCGGUCAGGCUCCUACGGAACCCUACACGCCUCACGAGUCGUUCAUUAUCCAGCGGAGAUGGCACACUCAGACGAGAUCUUGCCUCUGGCCGCGACCCUCGACAAGAAGAACAUGAGAAGCAAUCUCGAACACUUUACCUCCUUCUACACGCGCUACUACAAAUCGCAAACCGGCAUCGAGUCCGCAACCUGGCUGUUCGAUCAAGUAACCGCCGCAAUUGUCGAAUCCGGUGCCAGCGAGCACGGUGCGACCGUCGAGCGCUUCGACCACUCCUGGGGCCAGUUCAGCAUUAUCGCUCGCAUUCCCGGUGAGACGGACAACACGGUUGUCCUCGGCGCCCACCAGGACAGCAUCAACCUGUUCCUGCCCUCCAUUCUGGCUGCGCCGGGUGCAGACGAUGACGGCAGUGGGACUGUCACUAUCCUUGAAGCUCUUCGUGCCCUGCUGCGGUCGGAGGCUAUCGCCCAGGGCAAGGCCCGGAACACCAUUGAGUUCCACUGGUACUCUGCUGAGGAGGGCGGCUUGCUCGGCUCGCAGGCUGUCUAUGCUAAGUACAAGAAGGACCAGCGGGUUGUUAAGGCCAUGCUCCAGCAGGACAUGACUGGUUAUGUUCAGGGUACUCUGGAUGCUGGUGAGAAGGAGUCAGUCGGUGUAAUCAUCGAUUAUGUCGACCAGGGCCUUACGGCGUUUAUCAAGGAGGUCAUCACUGCCUACUGCGACGUGCCUUACGUCGAGACGAAGUGCGGCUAUGCCUGCUCCGAUCACGCCUCCGCUAGCCGAUACGGCUACCCCUCGGCGUUUGUGAUUGAGUCUCAGUUCGAGAACUCCGAUAAGAAGAUUCACACUACCGAAGACAAGAUCGAGUACCUGAGCUUCGACCACAUGCUGCAGCAUGCCAAGAUGAGCUUAGCCUUUGCUUACGAGCUGGCCUUUGCUCCGUUCUGA